GACUAAUCAUUAUUGAAUUCAAUUCUACACUGCGUAAUCAUUUGCUUUGUUGUUCCCUUCUCUUCCCUUCUCUUCUCUUCUCUGUUUUCUCUUUUGCGAGUACUACUACCACCACUUUAUUAGUAUUUUACUCAUUCCUAAUCAACUAAUUAAUCCUUUUCACUCCCCUCGCUCUCUAAUCUCUGUUCUUAUGCCACCCAAAUUAAUACUACAACACUAAUCUGUAGAAUCACUGAGUCAAAUUAUCCAACUCGCCGAGUCACGUUCCCCGAUCUUCACAGAUGUCCAACACACGCUCCCCGACGCGUUCCUCCGAGGACAUCGUCGAUUCCACGCCGUUUCUCGGCAAUACCGGGACCGGCGCUGCCACCGACGAAUUCAAUUCAGGCCGCCGAUUCGUACGGCGGCAGAGCCUCCGACAGGCGGCGAGGUUCCUCCGGCAGGCGAGCGGGAGGAGGAUGAUGAGAGAGCCGUCGAUGGUGGUGCGGGAGACGGCGGCGGAGCAAUUGGAGGAGAGGCAGAGCGAUUGGGCGUAUUCGAAGCCGGUGGUGAUCCUCGACAUGGUUUGGAACUUCGCGUUCGUCGUGGUGGCGGCGACGGUGUUGUUUCUGAGCAGGAAAGAAUCUCCGGAAAUGCCUCUGAGGCUGUGGAUUAUAGGUUACGCUAUGCAGUGCGUCCUUCACAUGGUUUGCGUUUGCGUUGAGUACAGGAGAAGGAGGAGGAUCCAGCGGUCACAGUCUCUGAACGGUGGUGGAGAAGAAAGGGUUGGAAGCAGUGGGAAUUUGAGUUCACCUUCGAGGGAGGGCUCUUCGCACUAUGUCACAUUGGGCCAGUUGGAUGAAGACAGUACUAGUGUUGCAAAGCAUUUGGAGUCUGCAAAUACGAUGUUUUCUUUUAUUUGGUGGAUUAUUGGGUUCUACUGGGUAUCAGCUGGUAGUCAAUCUUUAGUCGAAGAAUCUCCUCUUCUUUACUGGCUAUGUAUAAUCUUCCUUGGUUUUGAUGUCUUCUUUGUUGUAUUCUGUGUUGCACUGGCAUGUAUUAUUGGUAUCGCUGUUUGCUGUUGUCUUCCAUGCAUCAUUGCCCUUCUUUAUGCAGUUGCAGACCAGGAAGGAGCAUCAAAAGAGGAUAUUGAGCAGCUAUCAAAGUAUAAAUUUCGGAAAGUUGAAAACAAUGAGAAACUUGCUGGAAAUACACAAGGACCUGUUGGAGGAGUAAUGACCGAAUGCCGAUCUGACUCACCUAGUGAACAUGUUCUUGCUGAGGAGGACGCGGAAUGUUGCAUCUGCCUUUCUUCCUAUGACGAUGGAGUUGAACUAAGACAACUUCCUUGUGGUCACCAUUUUCACUGCUCCUGCGUUGAUAAAUGGCUGUAUAUCAAUGCUACUUGCCCACUCUGCAAGUAUAACAUCUUGAAAAGUAGCAACCUCGGUCAAGAGGAAGUGUAGAAGAUGUUUGCGAAGGUUGUAGCAGCCAUGUUUCGUUGAGGAAUCCGUAUGCUGCCUUGGUUGACAGUCAGCACACUAGGCAGUGCAUGUUGAUAUAAUACAUUUUGAUACAGGCCCUAAACAGUUGGUACUUGCGGCUGCUAUUUGGUUGUUAUCUUGUAGCGAUAGCUGGUUUGAUUAUUUUAGGUAUUGUAACUUUAUAACUCGAUGUGUAUAUCAGUGUUAUUUGGUUCGUGCCGGUUACAAUCAUGGCAAUUCGGUUUGUUGUUUUCAACUUCAUCAUUAACACUGAAAAUAUUAUUGUGAAAUGAACAGAACGGAGUAUAGUCUAUAAAAUUUUCAUUCCUUGGAUAGUUUUGAUGAA